AUGUGGAAAUCAUUACCUUUAGUCGCUCUUUUUGCCGUGCCGUCUUUUCAGAGUGCCAUCUCUAAGCGAUUUGCGCCGUUGAAAUUCUCCAAAGACGGCACCUUUCAAGUCUCCAUUCUAGAAGAUCUUCACUUUGGAGAGAAUGCAUGGGAUUCAUGGGGGCCAGAGCAGGAUGUCAACUCUGUUACUGUGAUUAAUCGAGUGCUGGAUGCCGAGUCUCCAGAUCUCGUUGUGCUGAAUGGUGACCUGAUCACCGGUGACAAUGCCUUUCUGGAGAACAGCACUGUUUACAUCGACAAGAUCGUGGAACCACUUGUUCAACGUGGUUUGACCUGGGCGUCUACCUAUGGUAAUCAUGACAGCGCCUACAACCUUUCCCGUUCAGCAUUGCUAGCUAGAGAGAAUCGUUGGCCCAACUCGCGCACGACGCAGAUGGUCUCUGGUCGUGAGGCCGGCAUCACCAAUUACUACCUCCCGGUGCAUGGGGCUAACGACAAUGCUUCUACCGGCGUACCUGCAAUGCUGCUGUGGUUCUUCGACAGCCGUGGAGGUUAUUACUACCAAGAGCUCGAUUCCUCUGGCAACGAGGUCGCGCAGCCCAACUGGGUUGACGAUAGCGUUGUGGGUUGGUUUAGAACAACUAAUGCGAAACUGGUCAAGAAGUAUCACAAGCACAUCCCGUCUCUCGUCUUCGUGCAUAUUCCUACCAACGCAUCCCAGGCUAUCCAGACUGAGGUCGGGAUCAAUCCCUAUAAAGAACCGGGCAUCAACGACGACUAUGUUCUCGCACAACAAGGUGAAGGCUGGUGCGCCGAUGGGAGCAAUGGUGGCUCAUGCGAGUAUGGAGGCCAGGAUGUGGCAUUCAUGAAGGCGUUAGUAGAUACACACGGCGUGAUUGGAGUCUUCUCUGGCCACGAUCACGGAGACACAUGGUGUUAUAAGUGGGACAGUCUCAUCUCCGGCAUGUCGGUAGAAGGAAACGGCAUCAACCUUUGCUUCGGCCAACACUCUGGGUACGGAGGAUACGGUAGCUGGAUUCGAGGGUCCCGCCAGGUCCUGGUGACGGAAUCCAAACUUCAGGAUAUGGAAAUCGACACAUGGAUUCGAUUGGAGUCGGGCGAUGUGGUGGGAUCGGUGUCGCUCAAUGCGACCUACGGAGAGGACAGCUAUCCCCGUACUCCCGACACAUUAUCGUCUUGCCCGACUUGCAGUUAUACCUAG